AUGCAACACACUUCUGCAGAACCGAUUGCCAUUGUCGGUUUGGGGUGCCGCUUCCCCGGUAGCUCUAACACUCCCUCUAAACUAUGGGACUUGAUUUGUGAGAAAAGAGAUAUCCUGAAAAAGAUCCCAGUCAAUAGAUUCAAUGCGGAGAGCUAUUUCCAUGAAGAUGGAGAGAGGCAAGGGUUGAUGAAUGUCAAACAUGCCUACACCCUCGACGAGGAUAUCCGAGAGUUUGAUGCCGCGUUUUUCAAGACAAAUGCACGUGAAGCAGAGGCCAUGGAUCCUCAGCAGCGGAUAUUACUAGAGACCGUCUAUGAAGCCCUAGAGUCGGGUGGAUUUUCCAUGAGCGACAUGCAAGGAUCCGACACAUGUGUCUACGUUGGCAGCAUGACGGGUGACUACCACGAAAUGCUGAUGCGAGACCCGCAAGAUAUGCCCAAGUAUAUGGCGACCGGCACGGCUCGCAGCAUUCUCUCAAACAGAAUAUCCUACUUCUUUGACUGGCAUGGCCCGUCAAUGACCAUUGACACGGCGUGCUCGUCCAGUCUGGUCGCAGUCCACGAAGCUGUCCAAGCUCUGAGAAUGGGUACAUCCAAGGUGGCAUGUGCUGCAGGUGCUAACCUCAUCCUGGGACCUGAAAUGAUGAUCUCAGAGUCAAAGCUUCACAUGCUCUCGCCAACGGGUAGAAGCCGAAUGUGGGACGCUUCAGCGGAUGGCUACGCGCGUGGCGAGGGUUUCGGCGCAGUCAUUCUCAAAACCCUGUCUCAGGCCAUCGCUGACAAGGACAAUAUUCACUGCAUUAUCCGCGAAACUGGAGUCAACUCGGACGGAAGAACCAACGGUAUCACUCUUCCGAGCUCAGAAUCACAGACGACAUUGAUCCGACAGACGUACGCUCGUGCAGGUCUCGACUGGAACAAGGAUAAAUGCCAAUAUUUUGAAGCCCACGGAACUGGAACGCCUGCGGGAGAUCCGAUCGAGGCGCGAGCCAUCCAUGAUGCAUUCUUUCCAAGCAAAACGGCUGAUGGCGGGGAUGUCAUGUAUGUUGGAUCCGUCAAAACUGUUGUCGGUCACUUGGAAGGUUGUGCUGGCAUUGCUGGUCUUAUCAAGGCCAGUGAGGCCGUGAGGCGAGGUGUUAUUCCACCUAAUAUGCUGUUUGAAAGACUCAAUCCCGGCAUCACCCCAUACGUCAAGAACCUGAAAGUACCUCAGCAGCCGAUACCUUGGCCGGAGACCAAGGAUGGAGCCCCGCGACGAGCCAGUGUCAACUCUUUCGGAUUUGGAGGAACAAACGCCCACGCAAUCAUUGAGAGCUAUGAGGCCGGUAGUGUCAAAUCCGCGAUUCAGAAACCAGAGUCGAUUAUCCCAAAUCCUCUGUUGCUCUCUGCAACCUCGACUAGCACGCUCAAGCGCAUGCUGUCCAUUACGCGGGACUUUCUUGCCUCGGAUCACUCGACCCCUCUGCAGGAUGUAUUGUUCACACUGGGGGAGCGUAGAUCUCAACAUGCUGUUCGAGCGUCAUUUGCGGGCCACAGCAGAGAGAGGCUCAUCGAAAAAUUGCAGAUUGCAUUGGAGGAUGACAGCUGGACUGGCACCAAUGUGGAUGCAAAGGUGAACCAGCCACGUUUCCUGGGCGUCUUUACUGGACAGGGAGCCCAGUGGCCAACAAUGGGCAGAGAAAUCCUCCAGUCGUCCGCUGUUGCGGCUGAGGUCCUCCAGAAGCUGCAAGAUUCACUGCAAAGCCUUCCUGAUCCUCCGCCAUGGACACUCAAGGACCAGAUCCUCGCGGACAAGGACACCUCCCGGUUGGCCGAAGCUGCUGUUGCCCAGCCACUCUGCACAGCUGUUCAAGUCAUGCUCGUUGAUCUUCUUUCUCUGGCUGGAGUCAGGUUCAAUGUUGUUCUGGGCCACUCGUCUGGAGAAAUCGGUGCUGCUUACGCUGCUGGCAUGAUUUCGGCAGAGGAGGCCAUUCGCAUUGCCUACUACCGUGGUGUCCAUGCCAGUCUCGCACGCGGCAGCACGGGGAAGCCGGGUGCCAUGAUGGCUGUUGGUCUUUCAUAUGAUGAGGCCUCUGACUUUGUUGAGCAAAACUUCCCUGGCCGCAUCGACGUCGCUGCCAGCAACGCCCCGGCAAGCGUCACGCUCUCUGGCGACAAGGAUGCCAUCGAAGAAGCCCAGGCUGUUUUCCAAGAGCAGGGCACUUUUGCCCGUCUGUUGCUGGUUGAUACCGCCUAUCACUCUUCCCACAUGAUCCCUUGCUCAGAGCCCUACAUGGAGUCGCUGGCAGCAUGCAAGAUCGAGCCGAAGCAGCCUCGCGAGGGCUGCACUUGGUUCUCCAGCGUGUACGGCGACCGAAUGGAGGGCGAUAUGAUCGAAUCUCUCACUGGAGAGUACUGGAAAGACAACAUGGUCAACCCUGUGCUCUUCUCCAUGGCGGUUGAACUCGCUGCCAACGGCGAGCUUCCCUGCGACGUCGCCCUUGAAGUCGGACCGCAUCCAGCACUCAAGGCGCCAUUCACACAGACUUACAAGCAAACGGGAGCUGCAGUACCGCCGUAUCAGGGAAUUUUGUCUCGUGGGAAACAUGAUGUUGAGUGUAUCAGUGAGACGUUGGGGUUCCUCUGGAUGUACCUUGGCUCCUCAGGCAUCAAGUCCUCAGGCAUCAACUUCCGCAACCUCACCAAGGCCUUUGACAGCAACUCUUCACCACAACUUACAACAAAUCUUCCCGCAUAUCCUUGGGAUCACUCGCAAUCCUUCUGGAAAGAGUCACGCAAGUCGCGCAAUUUCCGCAACAAGCCAAAUGGCCGCCAUCCGCUGCUCGGUGAUCGCUCGACCGAGGAUAUCGACCAGUCGAUGGUAUGGAGGAACAUCCUGCGCAUCGAGGAGCUGCCAUGGCUCGAUGGCCACAGAGUCGAGGGACAGGUCAUUUACCCUGCGGCGGGAUACUUGGUGAUGGCGCUGGAAUCAUGCAAUGCACUGACUCUAGGUCGGGAAGUCGAGCUGAUUGAGCUGUACGAUGUCGAAAUUGGAAACGCCAUCCCUCUAUCCCAAGACACUCCCGGUGUUGAAACUCUCUUCACGUUGAAGCCGGCGAAGCUUGAUCCCAAGUCAGAAACUACCACCGCAGAGUGGGCUUGCUGCUCUCCUGCAGGUGAUGCAAACGCCCCAUGGAGACGCAAUGCUUCAGGAAGCGUCCGCAUUGUCUUUGGUGCGGCUGAUGACGACGUCCUGCCUCGCCGUGUGGCUCCCGUUGUGUCUCUCAGCAACGUCGAGAUUGAUCGUUUCUACGCAUCCCUCACCGAGAUUGGUCUCAACUACACUGGUCCGUUCCGAGCCCUGGAGGCGAUCCACCGAAAGUCGGGCAUGUCGAGCUCGACCACUACUCAGGCUCCGGUCGGGGAACUGCCCACAAUUAUCCACCCAGCAAUCCUUGAUGCAGCCUUCCAGUCCAUCUUUGCUGCUUUCUGCUGGCCUGGAGAUGGAACGCUGCGAAACCCAUUCGUUCCCACAAAGCUGCGUAAGCUUCGCAUCGUCAGCAGACGCCUUGUUGAGUCGGCGCGAUGCCUUCAGGUGGAUUCCUACAUCACAGAGUCGUCGGCUCAGAACUUGACAGCAGAUCUUGAAAUAUUUGAGAGCGGCUCCAACAAGGGUAUCAUACAGUUGGAAGGCCUGACUUGUACCUCACUUAUCCCUCCCAGUCAGAGAGAUUACAAGGAACUUUACACCAGGCCUCAGUGGGAGCUGGACAUUGCCAGUGCCGUGGCCUCUCUGCCCACUAGUCGCGGCGACCACGUUGAUGAUUUAGAGUUAGUUGAUCUCUGCGAGAGACUCACAUACUACUACCUUCGGCGGCUCAAUGACAAGAUCGAUCGUGGCGAGGUUCCGGCCAUGGUGUGGCACUUCCAGCGCAUCUUUGAGUGGAUCGACUUCCUCUUCCCAUGGAUCGAGGAGGGCACUCACCCUACCAUCCGAAAGGAGUGGAAGUCGGAUAUUUACGAGUGGCUAGAUCAACAAAGAGCUAGAUUCCCCGACCAGGUCGAUCUUCAGCUCAUCACAGCUGUGGGAGAAAACCUCGCCGAAGUCGUCCGAGGCCAAACCACCAUGCUGGAACACAUGAUCAAAGACGAUGUCCUCAACAGGUUUUACAAAUUCGGUUUGGGUUUCCAGAGAGCCAACGGUUUUAUGGGUCGUAUCGCGAAGCAAGUUGCGCAUCGCUAUCCUCGCAUGAAGAUUCUCGAGAUUGGUGCCGGAACGGGUGGAGCCACCAAGGGAAUCCUCGAAUCCCUUGGUACAACGUUUGAGAGCUACACAUUUACUGACAUCUCGACUGGUUUCUUCGAAGCAGCGGCAGAGGCCUUUGGGCCCUGGGUUGACAAGAUGAUUUUUAAGCCACUGAAUGCGGAAAAUGAUGUGAUUGAGCAGGGUUACCAGGAGAAAACGUACGACUUCAUCAUUGCCUCCAAUGUGCUGCACGCCACCAAGACCUUGUCUGAGACGAUGCGAAACGUCCGCCGACUGCUGAAGCCCGGUGGCCAACUGCUUCUGCUCGAAGUCACUAGCGAAAUCGUCCGUGUCAAAUUGAUGAUGGCGGGCUUGUCAGGUUGGUGGCUAGGAGGUGACGAUGGUCGUCGAUACGGCCCUACGAUUACAAGAGACCAGUGGGAUUCUCUCCUGAAAGACACGGGAUUCUCUGGUGUCGACCAUGUUAUCAACGACUUUGUCGAUGAGUCCAAGUACAUGACAUCGGUCAUGAUCUCGCAGGCCGUUGAUUCCGAUGUUGCUCUUUUGCGCCAGCCGUUGUUGACUUCUGCCGAGUACCCUGUCUGGACAUGCCCACCCAUCACCAUCGUUGGUGGUGCCUUUGAAAACAUUGCUUCCCGAACCGCAAAAGUUUUGUUGGCAGUUUCUGGCCUGAACCCACAGAUUAAGUUGGCCAAAACUCUUGCAGAGGUUGCAUCCACGAUUAUGCCGACGACGGCCAUUGUUAUUCUAGAAGAUCUGGAUGAACCCGUCCUGCAAAACUUUACGCAGGAGAAACUGACUGCUCUCCAGAAAACUCUUCCGGAGAGUAGGCAGCUGCUGUGGGUCUCGCACAAGGCUCGUUCCGACAAUCCGUAUGGCAACCUCUCAGUUGGCCUCUGCAGAGGUCUGUCUGCCGAGUAUCCCCACGUGGCCGUGCAGCAUAUUGACUUUGAGGAUGACAUUACUGACACGUCUGUGUCCGUGAUUGCUGGAGCAGCCAUCAGACUCAUCUAUGCCGCCCAGAGAAAGUUCAAUGGCGAGGUUCUCUGGACUAAUGAGCCUGAGUUGCUUGUCAAGGAUGGCAAGCUCCAGAUCCUGAGAAUCUUGCCCAACACGCUUCUCAACGAUCGCCUGAACGCCCAGAAGAUGACCAUCAAAAAUACGGCAUCCGUUGCAAAAGAUGUUAUUGACAUAUCCACUGUGGGAGGCCACUAUGUAUUGUCAACUCGCGAAUCUACCCUUUUCCGCCCCGUCGAUGCUAGUCUGGUCAAGGUCAAGGUGUCACACUCUCUGGCAUCGGCGGUACGACUAAACGAUUCGACCACGGCAUUCCUCUCUGCCGGUCAUUUGGAGCAUAACCCUGCAAUCAAUGUCAUUGCAUUGUCUAGCACUCAUGGUUCUACCAUUAGCGUGCCUUCUGGCUGCGUUUUCAAAGUCGCUGAGGGAUCGACCGCUGCGACUCUCCUGCAAGACGUCACAUCUGCCCUAAUUGCAGACCAGCUAAUCUCCGACAUUCCUUUUGGAAGCACGAUUGUACUGCAUAGAAGCGACAAGUUCCUCGGAACUGUUAUUAAGCGUAAAGCAGCCAAGGCUGGUCUGAGUGUCAAAAACGUUGGUCUUCACAAAUACGCAUCUGAGAAGAGUUUGCGCGAUGCUGUCCCCGCAUCCGCGAGGCUGCUGGUUGACUUCUCACCUGUAUCUCACUGGAUAGAUUCACUGCCUGGGGAGUGCGUAUAUAGGAAUGCGCAAGACUUCUUUUCCCGUUCAUCAAAGGGGGAGCCGAUCCUUGUUGCCGAGUCUGUAAGAAGGCUUGUGGACCUAGCACAACUCCAGCCAUCCACAGGCUCCAGCGUGGAUAUUCUCCCACUGUCCAAGUUGGGCAGCCAAUCUGUGUCAGCAACCAAGUACUCGACAAUUAUCGACUUCACUGAUGCCUCAGCCGUCCCAGCUCAAAUAUCUCUCCUCGACCCCUCUACGCUUUUCCGAGCCGAUCACACCUACCUGCUUGCAGGAUGUACCGGUGGUCUGGGCAAAGCUCUCUGUCUUUGGAUGGCAUCCAAGGGCGCCAAAUACUUUGCCCUCACGACAAGAGACCCUAGCAAGAUUGACCAGCUUUGGCUGAAGGAACUGGCUGCUUUGGGGGCUGAAGUCAACCUCUACGGCCUGGAUGUCGCGGACAAGGAUGCUCUAGCGGUUGUGCGUGACCAGAUUGAACAAGACAUGCCCCCGAUUGCCGGUGUCGUGAAUGCUGCGAUGGUUCUCUCUGAUCGCUCUUUCGGUGAAUUGACAGCAAAAGACUUCCAUACCGUAUUCGGCCCCAAAGUUGACGGUACUAAGAACUUGGACGAGCUGUUUCAUGAUCAGCCCCUCGACUUUUUCAUCAUGUUCUCCUCUCUGGCCAGUAUCGUCGGUAACCGUGGCCAGUCCAACUAUGUCGCGGCAAACUUGUUCAUGUCCACCAUUGCGGAGCAGCGAAGACGAAGAGGGCUUGCGGCAUCCGUCAUCCACAUUGGCAUGGUGUUGGGAGUUGGCUAUGUGUCAUCAACCGGCAUCUACGAGAGUACCCUGCGCCAAUACAAUUAUAUGCCAAUCCCGGAGCAGGACUUUCUCGAUAUGUUUUCCGAGGCUAUCGUGGUUGGUCGACUGGAAUCCGGGCACUCUCCAGAUCUCAUUACCGGCUUGAACCGUCACAGCCUGCUUGAAGAUGUCCAGCGACCCUUCUGGCAUGAGGAUCUGAAAUUCUGCCAUCAUACGCUCACCGAGGUCCGCCAGGUCGAGACAACAACGACAAACAACAUGUCACUGGCGCAGCGACUCGCCCAGGCAACUAGCUCUGAAGAAGCUGAGGAACUCAUUCAGGAAGGUUUCUGCACCAAGCUUGAGAGGAUGCUGCAAGCUGCCAAGGGAUCUAUCCAAGUGUCACAAUCACUAAUGAACCUAGGUGUUGAUUCCCUAAUCGCUGUCGAGAUUCGCUCUUGGUUUUUGAAGGAGCUAGAUGUGGACGUGCCAGUCCUCAAGGUUCUCAGUGGAGCCUCAGUGACGGAUCUCUCCAAAGAGGCUGCCAGUAAGGUGUCAUUUGGCUCCGAAGCAAGUGGUGAUGCCGUUCCACCAGCGAUUGUCGUUGAAAAGAUAUCUCAGGAAUCUCCUCGAGCUGCUCCGCAGACCUCCGAACCGAUUCCAUUAUUCGCCCCUUCAGCAGUGACUACUGCCCCCCAUUCAAUUGCGCCGUCUGUUUUCGACGGAUCGAGUCCCCCUUCUAGUCGGGGUGUUUCGCCUCCUCGCUCAUCCUCUGAUGUCACGGAACUCGAGAUAAAGAUGAAGCGGGAGCAAUUACAGAUCGAAAGAGUGGCUGAAAUGUCGUUUGCUCAGCGACGAUUGUGGUUUUUGCGCCAAUUUCUUCACGAUCCUACAACGUACAACGUGACAGUUUCCUAUAGCAUUACGGGCCGUCUUCGAAUCAAUGAUUUCCGAGAUGCUUUUCGAAAAGUCAUUUCGCGUCACGAGUCGCUCCGAACCUGUCUCUAUAAUGACGCAGAGACGAACAUUCCUAUGCAGGCUGUGUUUUCGGAUGCGAUUUUUGAUCUCGACUACAAGAAGGGCUCGACAGUGGAGCGUGAGUUUUCCAAUAUGCGCAAUCAUGUGUUUGACCUUGAGAACGGAGAAAACAUGAGGGCUGUUAUCAUUGCAGAGUCAGAAUCCAAGCACUUCUUCAUACUAGGCUUCCAUCACCUUGCUUUUGACGGAUUCAGCGCCCAAACGUUGGUCAAGGAUUUGGCGAUGGCCUACGCAGGACUCCCUUUGAGCCCUUUGAAGCACCAGUAUAUCGACUUUGCCAACAGGGAAAAGACGCUCACAUGGAGUGAUGAUCUCGAGUACUGGAAGUCUGAGUAUUCUGUACUGCCGGAGACCUUGCCAUUGUUUGAGUUUACUGAGACCAAAGCUCGCAUCCCUUUGACCGAGUAUAAUACUAGAGCUCUGACAAAACAACUCCCUGAUCACAUCGCAACCCAGAUCAAAUCCGCAGCACGCAGCCUGAAUGUUACUCCUUUCCAUUUCCAUCUAGCCAUUACACAAACUCUCUUUUCCCGUCUAUUAGAUAUCAGUGAUAUGUGUGUUGGCAUUACGGAUGCUAACAAGAAUGACUCGGAAUUCCUGGACACAAUUGGCUUCUUCGUCAAUCUUCUGCCUCUCAGGCUCAAGAUUGGCGGUGCUCAAUCAUUUGCUAGUCUAGCGGCAGCAGCCAAAGACAAAGUUCACCAAGCUUUGGCUCAUUCUCGAGUGCCCUUUGACAAACUUUUGGACGAGCUCAAAGUGCCACGAUCCACAUACCACAGCCCGCUCUUCCAAGUCGUCGUCAACUACAAGAUGGGAUCGACCCAAUCUGUCCCUCUUGCGGAGUGCCAGGCACAGACAAUUGAGUUUGAAGACGCCAGGAACGGGUAUGAUUUGAGCUUUGAGAUUGAAAAUUUCCCUGAUGGUCGAGUGCUUCUCGCGCUCAAGACACAAGAUUACCUCUACACCAAUCACGAUCUGCAGACUAUCCUCGCUACUUACACACAUCUCCUGGAUGUCUUGUCGCACGAGCCCAACUUGAAUGUGAACGCGGUUGAGCUUGCUCCCCCCGCGAGUCAAGAUCUCGGCCUACAGCUUGGUCGUGGCGAGACAUAUGAGCCAGCCAUUCUUCAUCUGCCUGGUUGGCUUGAUCAUUGGACUGAUCAACAGCCUGAUGCAAUUGCCAUCAGGGACGACUCUAGUGCUACGCUCUCAUACAGAGAUGCUACCGCAAGAGUUAACGGUAUUGCAGCCCUAUUGACUGAAGCUGGCGCCAAGACAGGCCAAAGAAUCGGCUCCUACUGCGAGCCAAGUAUUGAUGCUAUUUGUACCAUUUUGGCUAUUCAGAAACUUGGCAGCAUAUAUGUGCCAUUGGAUGUUCAGAAUCCAGUACCUCGUCUAAACCUGAUUCUUAAGGACUGUCAGCCGUCGAUCCUCGUAUACCAUGAUGCAACCGAGCCAUCCGUUCAGCAAUUCGAAACCUCUGCUUCUCUCGUGUCUAUCUCCAAGGCCACCUCAGGGACUGCGCCGGUUGAUGCUGCAACGAUUGAUCCAGGCUCCACUGGUUAUAUCCUUUAUACAAGCGGUACAACCGGUAUUCCAAAGGGAGUCAUGCUUUCCCACUCCAAUCUUAUCUACCACAUCGCCGGAGUUUACAAAAAGUAUGGCUUGGAAAAAGAAAUAGUUUUGCAGCAAUCUUCGCUUGGAUUCGAUCUGUCUCUAGCGCAAAUUUGCCAGGCCUUCUUCUCCGGCGGUACCCUGGUCAUUGCUCUGAAAGAGACUCGACGAGAUCCCGUGCAAAUUGCCAAGCUCAUACUUGAUGAAAAGAUUACCUACACUUGGAUGACACCAACCGAAUACUCCAUGAUUGUGAGGUACGGCUCCAAUUAUCUCCGCCAAUCUUCUUAUUGGCGAUCUGCCUUCUCAGCCGGCGAGUUCAUGUCGUCCAAUCUUCUAAACAGUUAUCUCCGCCUUGGGGCGCCCCGCUUGCGCCUCUUUAACGGCUGCGGUCCGACAGAAAUCACCAUCAACAACUGCAUCGGUGAGGAUGAGCUGAGCCCAUCAGCGCCGCGUGACACUCGAAACCCUUCCAUUGGCAAGUCACUGCCUAACUACUCUACCUACAUCCUCGACGAGGACUUGAAGCCAGUUCCAGUCGGAUUUCCGGGAGAGAUUUGUGUAGGCGGUCCUGCCGUGGCUCAGGGAUUCGUCGAUCGCGAUGAGCUCACCGCUUCAAAAUUCCAGCCUGAUCCUUAUGGCCCUGGACACUUGUACCGAACCGGUGACAAGGCCAAGUUUCUUCCCGAUGGUCGCCUUGUCUUCCUUGGCCGUAUUGCUGGUGACACCCAGGUUAAGCUCCGAGGGUUCCGGGUUGAGCUGAACGACAUUGCCAAUACCAUCAUCAGGGCUAGUGAGGGAAUCGUCAAGGAUGCGUCGGUAAGCUUUCGAAGGGGGCAGGAAUCAUCUGAAGACUUCCUGGCCGCUUUUGUCGUUCUAGCUACAAAAGAACACGCCGUGUCUAACGGAACACUGGAACAACUUCGAUCUAAACUGCCUCUACCUACGUACAUGCGUCCUGCGAGAAUCAUUGCUGUUGAUGAGUUACCUAUCAAUUCAUCUGGAAAGCGCGAUCGCUACGCCUUGGAUAAGCUACCCAUUCCUAGGAUCUCUUCAUCUACUGAGAGUGGCCAUCUUACCGAGACGCAAGAGAAAUUGAGUGGCCUUUGGCUCGAGGUCGUGCCAAGUGUAGAUGCUUCUACGAUUGGCGCCAAUACGGAUUUUUUCGCCAUUGGUGGCAACUCUCUGCUCAUGGUUAAGCUUCGCGGAUUGAUUGCGGAAGCUUUUGACACUGAGAUUUCUGUGUUUGACUUGUUCCAGUCUAGCAGCUUGGGUAACAUGGCGAGCAAGUUGCGGUUAUCCGAGGUCGAUGAGGUGAUUGACUGGGAAGAAGAGACUUCGGUGCAGCCUCUUUCUGUUGCAGAUGGCAACGUCCUUCAACAAGUGUCUGAUAACCUUGAGGUUCUUCUUACCGGUGCCACUGGGUUCCUCGGAUCAUCUAUUCUUCGCCGGCUUGUUGCCGAUGAGCGCGUUUCCAAGGUGCAUUGUGUGGCGCUGCGUGGAAUUCAUCCGCUGGCUAUACAAUCACCAAAGAUUAUUCAGUAUACUGGUGACCUUUCUCACAAACUGCUUGGUCUAUCGGAAACUGAGUUCAGCACUUUAUCCAACAGUGUCCACCGUAUUAUUCACAACGGCGCGACAGUCUCUUUCCUACAAUCUUACUCAUCCCUUCGAGCUCCUAAUUUUGAGAGCACAAAAACCCUUGUUUCCCUUGCCGCGUCUCGCGGAAUUCCGCUACACUACGUUUCAUCUGCUGGAGUGGUCAAGUUUACUGGAUUAGAUGGCCUUCCUCCCAUCUCAGUCUCUCAGCACGAACCACCAACUGAUGGAUCGAACGGCUAUUCGGCAACGAAAUGGGCCAGCGAGGCCUAUUUGGAAAAAGUUACGGAAAAUUCCAACCUGACUAUAUGGAUCCAUCGCCCUAGUAGUAUCACCGGAGAGAAUGCUCCCGAGACCGAUCUGAUGCAGAGUGUCAUCAAGCACUCUCUCAAUCUCCAGGCGAUUCCCGAUCUCUCCACAUGGCAAGGGAGCUUCGACUUUGUCCCUGUUGAUGCCGUCGCUGCAGGCAUCACCGCCGCCUUGUAUGAUGUGGGCCAAGGCCUGUCUUUUGCGCACCACUGUGGAAAGAACAAGAUUCCCGUGCAAGAGCUGAAACAACACUUGGAAAAGGAAAAUAGCAUCAAGCUGGAGGUGCUGAGUUUGGAGGAAUGGGUGGACAAGGCAAAUGCACGUGGCUUGCUCGACAAUGCCACUGAGGUGUUGAUUAAUAAUGUUGUGGGCAUUUCUGAUGGAAAGGCUAUUCUACCAAGCCUGCUUUGA